UAGUGAACCAACCAGAAUGAAGACAACAGAUCAAGAUCAAGUUGUUGAAGAUGACUCUGGCUACAAUGAUGAUGAGGAGUCCUUUUUCCAAGAUAUUGAUCUGCUACAAAAACAUGGGAUUAAUAUGGCUGAUAUCAAAAAGCUUAAAUCAGUGGGAAUCUGCACCGUCAAAGGUAUCCAGAUGACCACACGAAAAGCUCUGUGUAAUAUCAAAGGUCUAUCUGAGGCAAAGGUAGAAAAAAUCAAGGAGGCUGCUGGGAAAAUGCUGACUGUCGGUUUCCAGACUGCUUUUGAGUACAGUGCGAAGAGAAAGCAAGUGUUCCACAUCACAACUGGAAGCCAAGAGUUUGAUAAACUUUUGGGUGGAGGAAUUGAAAGCAUGGCCAUUACAGAGGCAUUUGGGGAGUUCCGCACAGGAAAAACCCAGCUAUCUCACACACUUUGCGUCACCGCACAGCUGCCUGGAGAGGAUGGCUAUACAGGCGGGAAAAUAAUUUUUAUUGAUACUGAGAACACUUUUCGCCCUGACAGACUGAGGGAUAUUGCUGACAGGUUCAAUGUAGACCAUGAUGCAGUUCUGGACAAUGUACUGUAUGCCCGCGCCUAUACAAGUGAACACCAGAUGGAGCUAUUGGACUUUGUAGCGGCAAAAUUUCAUGAGGAGGGUGGAGUGUUCAAGUUGCUGAUAAUAGACUCCAUCAUGGCCUUGUUCCGUGUGGACUUCUCUGGCAGAGGAGAACUCGCAGAGAGGCAGCAAAAACUAGCUCAGAUGCUCUCCAGGCUGCAAAAGAUUUCAGAAGAGUACAACGUGGCCGUCUUUGUCACCAACCAAAUGACCGCCGAUCCUGGAGCUGGAAUGACAUUCCAGGCUGAUCCGAAGAAGCCGAUUGGAGGACACAUUUUGGCUCACGCUUCCACCACUCGUUUGAGCCUGAGGAAAGGUCGAGGCGAAAUGAGAAUUGCGAAGAUAUUUGACAGCCCUGACAUGCCAGAGAACGAGGCUACAUUUGCCAUCACUGCCGGAGGUGUUGCUGACGCCAAGGAGUGAAGAACAAAUUAUCAUAUCUUUAAACUAUUAUCGUGUAUUUAUUAUAACAUUAUUUAUUGUCAUUUUUGACUCUUUAUUUGUUCAUGUUGUUUAACUGUUAUAAAAUAUAUUGUAUACAUUUUC